CCGGGACCCCUCAAAGGGCUUGAAAUUGAGGUAUAUCCCGCCGAAAGGCAAUUCUUUAGAUUUUACGGAUAGAGUCUUGCCCUCUAUGGUCGACAUGUGGGGAUUUUGUCUUGUGGGUUUCUUUACCGGGAAGUUUCCGGGCCUUAAAGCGGUGUAUGACUUGAAAAAAACUUGGGGGGUUACUUGCAUGGUUGAUAAGCAUAACAAGGGAUGGAUUAUUUUCAAAUUUAAAAAUGAUGAAGAUAGAUCAAAAGUGUUGAAUGGAGGUCCUUAUACCAUCUUUGGUAUACAACUCAUGUUAAAAACGCUUUCGGAAGAUUUUUCCUUUGAUGAUGAUGAGUUUCUCAAAGUCCCGAUUUGGGUAAAAUUUCCUAAUCUACAUAUGAAACUUUGGAAUGAGGAGGCUAUGAGUGAGGUUGCAUCUAUGGUGGGGGUCCCGCUUUCUACGGACAAAGUUACUCAAAAUAGGAGUAAUCACCACUUUGCCAGAGUUCUGAUUGAAGUUGAUGUUUCUAAACCACCCUCGCUUUCUUUUCCUAUACGGUUACCUUCCGGUAAGGUAGUCAAACAAAUGGUGGUUUAUGAAACUUUCCCUCACUUUUGUUUCCAUUGUAAAAUGUAUGGACACCACCCAUUCAUUUGCAAUAAAUUGGCAUCAAAAGAACGGGAUUUGGCUACUGUUGAUAAGAAAGAGGAUAUUGUGAAUGAGGGUUCUCAAGUGGAAAUUGUGGGAACUACUGUACCUGCUGCCCAGCCAGUCCAGGAGCCUCCUGCUGCUGCUUACCUGACCGGGUGCUGCACUGACCCAACCGAUACUGGGCAGGCAGUGUCCCAGGGGUCUGCCAACGCUGUUUUGGAUGGUACUAUGGGUUUGCACACAGACCAAGGGAUUGCAGGGACUGAGCCCACUGCCCAGGGGGCUAAAUCGGAUUCCAUGCCCGAAUCAGAGGAGAAAGAUGACACAGAAGAUGAGGAAUCUGAUGAUGAGCCGAAAGAUGAGGAGGAACAGAGAAUUCUUGACGAAUACUGGGAAAAAAUUACUCAAUAUAAGAAGAUGAAGAAAAGGAUGGUAGCUGAGCCUGCUCAAAUAGGUUUAGGCUGAUUUGAUAUUGUUUCCCACUGCCGUUUAAUUGAUUGUUUGUAUUUGAUUUCUCUGAUUAGGUGGAUAUGGGGAAUGCCCCAUUAUUUUGUUGAUGCAUUAUAUUUAGGUUAGAUUCAUCUAACUUAGAUAGUCUUUCUAGAUUUUGUGUGAUACAUUGUAAAAUGUUAUUUUUGGGUGUUUUUUAUAUAUACUUACAUUUCAUCCAAAAAAC